CCGCGCUGCUGCCCGGCGUAGGCGCGGUGCGGAGCCGCAGCUGUGUGCCCGCCUUCACCCAUGGCCGACAUGGAGCUCUUCGGUGCCCAGCAGCCGCAGCAGCCGCCGGCCGGGAACGGGACGUCCGACGGUGGCGAGGAGGAUCCCGCCGCCGCUUUCCUGGCGCAGCAGGAGAACGAGAUCGCGGGCAUCGAGAACGACGAGGGCUUCGGCAUCCUGGAGAACGGCGAGGUGCCCGAGGCGCUGCAGGGUCCCGAGGGCCUCGAUGCCGCUGAUGGAGUGGUUAACGGGGAUGUCUAUCAGGAAAGUAAUGGUCCCACAGACUGCUAUGCUGCCAUCUCCCAAGCAGAUCGACUGCAGUCAGAGCCAGAAAGUAUUCGUAAGUGGAGAGAGGAGCAAAAGGAGCGCCUGGAGCAACUUGACGCAAACUCGCGAAAGCAGGAAGCAGAAUGGAAAGAGAAAGCAAUAAAAGAGUUGGAAGAGUGGUAUGCAAGGCAAGAUGAAAAGCUUGAGAAAACAAAAGCCAGUAACAGGGCAGCUGAAGAAGCCUUUGUGAAUGAUGCAGAAGAAGUUUUUCCAGGCACUGAGUGGGAACGUGUGGCUCAGCUCUGUGACUUUAAUCCCAAGUCUAGUAAGCAGGCAAAAGAUGUGUCCCGCAUGCGUUCAGUCCUCAUCUCGCUCAAGCAGGCUCCACUGGUUCGCUGAAGCAAAGCUGGAUGGAAACACUACAAAUGCAAUAUCUUAACCUUACUCAGAGAAGCUAUGUUUGCAGUAAUUUGAUUAAUUGUUUCAAUGUGUUUUAUUUGGACCACAUCAUGAUGUAUCUAGAGCUGAUCAGUGUUUGAUUGCAUGUUCUUCCUGAUGUUUCCUUUCUGUGUCUGAAAUGGGAGAACCUCCAAAACUGUAGUCUCUGUGCUGUUGUGCACUGAGGUGUCAUUUCCCACAUUACUGAUAUUAAAGAUCUGUUAAACAAGAAA